CGAGCGGCGCGGCCGUGGAGCACCCAGAAACUGGCGAUCAGGGGGGGUGGCGGGGACGCGAGCAGCGGCUGCGUGGGGUGCAGGGCAGGCGGCCGCACCGCUUCACCUUCUUCGCGGAGCCCGGUGCUGACUUAGAGCGACUGCAGUGAGGCGACAGCCCCGGCGAACACCCGAGAAGAAACGGCCGUGGCGGCGGUGGCGGCGGCCCCAGCCAUGCUGUGCUAUGUGACGAGGCCGGACGCAGUGCUGAUGGAAGUGGAGGUGGAGGCAAAAGCCAACGGCGAGGACUGUCUCAACCAGGUGUGCAGGCGGUUGGGCAUCAUAGAAGUUGAUUAUUUUGGACUGCAGUUCACCGGCAGCAAAGGUGAAAGCUUAUGGCUGAAUCUGAGAAACCGGAUCUCCCAGCAGAUGGACGGGCUGGCACCUUACCGGCUCAAACUGAGAGUCAAGUUCUUUGUGGAACCCCAUCUCAUCUUACAGGAGCAGACAAGGCAUAUCUUCUUCUUGCACAUUAGAGAAUCCCUCCUGGCAGGUCACCUCCAGUGUUCCCCAGAGCAGGCAGUGGAGCUUAGCGCCCUCCUGGCCCAGACCAAAUUCGGAGACUACAAUCAGAACACUGCCAAGUACAACUACGAGGACCUGUGUGAGAAGGAGCUCUCCAGUGCCACCUUGAACAGCAUUGUUGCCAAGCAUAAGGAGCUGGAGGGCAUCAGCCAGGCUUCGGCAGAAUACCAGGUUCUGCAGAUUGUGUCAGCAAUGGAGAAUUAUGGCAUAGAGUGGCAUGCUGUGAGGGACAGCGAAGGACAGAAACUCCUCAUUGGGGUUGGGCCCGAAGGCAUCUCCAUCUGUAAAGAUGACUUUAGUCCGAUUAACAGGAUAGCUUAUCCUGUGGUGCAGAUGGCCACCCAGUCAGGAAAGAACGUCUACCUGACCGUCACCAAGGAGUCUGGGAACAGCAUCGUGCUCCUGUUUAAAAUGAUCAGCACCAGGGCAGCCAGUGGGCUCUACCGGGCCAUCACCGAGACGCACGCAUUCUACAGGUGCGACACCGUCACCAGCGCCGUCAUGAUGCAGUACAGCCGGGACUUGAAGGGGCACUUGGCGUCUCUGUUCCUCAACGAAAACAUUAACCUUGGGAAGAAGUAUGUCUUUGAUAUCAAAAGAACAUCCAAGGAGGUGUACGACCACGCCAGGAGGGCUCUGUACAACGCCGGGGUUGUGGACCUUGUCUCCCGGAGUGACCAGAGCCCCCCCAACUCGCCCCUGAAGUCCUCCGACAGCAGCAUGAGCUGCGGCAGCUGCGAGGGCCUCAGCUGCCAGCAGAGCAGAGCGCUGCAGGAGAAGCUGCGCAAGCUGAAGGAAGCCAUGCUCUGCAUGCUGUGCUGCGAGGAAGAGAUCAACUCCACCUUCUGCCCCUGUGGCCACACUGUGUGCUGCAAGAGCUGCGCAGCCCAGCUGCAGUCAUGUCCAGUCUGCAGAUCACGUGUGGAGCAUGUCCAGCAUGUCUACCUGCCAACCCACACCAGUCUCCUCAAUCUAACUGUCAUCUAACGCGUCCUGUGAUUACUGGACAUGCCAUGUCCCCACGAGCCAAUCUGACUGUCAUCUGAUGUAUCCUGUGCUUACCGGGCAUGCCAGGUCCCCGUGAGCUGCAGCAUUGUAAACUAUAAGAAUAUGAACCUUGUGAGGAAACAUCUCACUCUCAACACCCACCUGCCAUAAGACAUUUCAGAAAUGAAGAAAAGCAAGAAUGCCAUCACUCCUCUUCUGUGAGUAGAAGCAACAGCCCCAGGGGCAACCGGAAGACCUCUGGGACGUAGAUACAUUCCUUCUUGGACUUUGGGUUUGUUUGAUUUUAUUUUUUAAUGACCAAGUAAAGGAGUAGAUACAAUUGUCUUGUCAGUUAAGUGGCACCAUAGCCCAACAGUGGGUACCUUUUAGGAAGUGAUGUCAUACGUCUCCUUAACUUCUCCUGAGGCGGCAGAUUUUAUAAGAGUUUUAAACUUUUCCUUGGUUCUUUUUGUAUGGUCACGGAGCGCUGAACAUUUGUAAUAGGACAUUUUUUCCUUAAAGAAAUAGUCGUCGUUAUAAUGUCAGUUCUGUCUUUAUAACUCGUUCAAGAACGACUGGGAAGCUAGCAGAUUGAAAAGCAGUCCUGUGACUUCUCGAGGGCUGGCAUGUGGUCGGGUUGAACCAGUGUGGCUGAGCAGACAGGUAACUCAAUGUGGGUGACUUCUUGGCCCUUCUUUCCCAUACCCCAAAUCCCAGGCCUUUGGGGGGCUACCAGUUUGGUUAAACGACUUUAAGGGCAUAGUCGUGCAUUCACUGGGCUUUUGAGCUGGUGGACUAUUUUGAGAUUAGAAAGGGAAAGUUCGCAGAUAGACAGACUGGGCGAGAGUGUCGGAGAGGCUCCUGGUGUGUGCUCAGGCGCUUCCUCACUUUCCCUAAGCACUCACUCCAGCUGCACCCCUGGGUGUCGCCUUGCUUGAAGAUCAAACCUUCUACAGCCUUACCAUGGGUCUUUAGACAGCGUCCCUUCUGUGUGUGUUUUAUUUCACUUCGUUCAUGUUUUCUUGUCGGUGCUUCCGUAUUCUUUGUGUUGCCCCUGCGCUGCAUCUUCCAGAGGCGGGGGUUAGUGUGUUCUGUUGCCAUAGUCUUGAUCAUCUUUCCACCCCCACUUGGGCAUUUUGGAAGCUAGUGAGCUAGGGGGUUUUCUAGGCCGUCAGGAAACCUAGCUGACCUCAUCGGGUGCAAUACUAGCUAGUGAAGCUAGAAACCUACACCGUCACUUUACCGAGAUUUCUGCGUCUGCGUUUCAUACUGCCU